AUGGGCAACGGCAUUACGAAGGAUGAAAUGAAGCUCUAUCAAGAGCAAACCAAAAAUCGUCUCACCAAAAAGGACAUUCAAAGAUAUUUCAAAUUCUGGCAUGAAUUAUUCCCUGAUGGAAACAUGACGAGAGAAGGUUUCUCCAAAUUUGCUCAAAUUGCUCUUCCAAGUGCUCCACCAGAUGCCGAUGUUGAAUACUUGUUCCGUGCGAUGGAUGCGAACAAGGAUGGUACCAUUACUUUCAAAGAAUUUCUCUUCUUCCAAUCCAUAACCGCUCCAACCACUCAACCACUUCAAUUCCAUGAAUUGAUUGAUUUGGCAUUUGACAUGUACGAUGAAGACAAUGAUGGUUUUGUCACUGCUGAAGAAAUGAGAGAUAGUUUGAGAAACAUGUUCAAAGCUAAGGGCAUGAAUGUCAAUUCGCCUGAUAUUGAAAGAACUAUCAAUACUCGAAUUGAGAAUUUAUUAAAAAUUGCAGAUAGUAAUGGAGAUGGAAAAUUAACUCGAGAAGAAAUUGUUCAAGCUUGUCAAAAGGAUCCAUCCUUGUUGGUUCUCUUCUAA